ACGUGUUUAUGUUUAACGCUUCCUCCCAUGAUGUCGCGCGUGUGCAUGUGCGUUACAGUGCAUUAUCAGUACCUUAUCGGCCUAAAUGUACACAUCAAAUAGUUACAGAGGAGAUCAAAGAUCAAAUGUGUGACACGAAAUGAUUGCAAAGAAUUUAUUCCGGGGAAUUUCGCGCUUUCAAUACGCUAUAUUGCAGGUAAAACAAUAUAGCACUACGACAAAUGAACCGCAAUUUCUAGGAAUCAACAAUGCUUUUACCAAUAAUAUUCAGUUUGUCAAUAAAGAAAGUUAUGAAUCUAUUCCAAUAUACAGGAUUUUGGAACCUACACAGAAGGCUGAAUUACCCAAAGAUGAAAAGUUAAACGAGACAAAUCUGAUGAAAAUGUACUGCGAUAUGAUGAUCAUAAGCAUGAUGGAUAAGAUUCUAUACGAAUCGCAAAGACAAGGUCGCAUCUCAUUUUAUAUGACAAACACUGGUGAAGAGGCUGUGCAGAUUGGUUCUGCUGCUGCUUUGACUCUAGAAGAUAUGAUUUACGCACAAUACCGUGAAGCUGGUGUCUUGUUGCACCGUGGAUAUCCAUUGCUGAAGUUUAUGAAUCAAUGUUACGGCAACUGCGAGGAUGAGGGCAAAGGCAAGCAAAUGCCAGUGCAUUAUGGUUCCAAAGAGUUCAAUUUCAUGACUAUAUCAUCUCCAUUGGCAACCCAACUACCACAAGCUGCUGGAGCUGCCUAUGCCUUUAAAUUGGAUAAAAGGAACGCAUGUGUGGCUUGUUACUUUGGCGACGGUGCGGCGAGCGAAGGCGACGCCCAUGCGGCAUUCAAUUUUGCAGCUACUUUAUCAUGUCCCAUCAUCUUCAUCUGUCGGAAUAACGGAUAUGCCAUUUCCACACCAGUCUUCGAACAAUUUAAGGGAGAUGGUAUCGCGGCUAAAGGCCCAUCAUACGGAAUUGACACAAUUAGAGUAGAUGGUAACGACGUUCUCGCCAUGUAUUAUGCCACAAAAAGUGCUCGAGACUUCUGCAUAAAACAACAGAAACCCGUUUUAAUAGAAGCCAUGACUUAUAGACUCGGACAUCACAGCACAUCGGAUGAUUCUAUGGCUUAUCGAUCGACCGACGAGAUCGCUCAAUGGAAUAUCCAGACGCCACUUGUCAAGUUUCGUUUUUAUCUAGAGUCGCUUGGAUUAUGGUGUCAAGAAAAGGAGCAAGAAUUAAUAAAUUCCACUAAGAAAAAAAUCCUUCGUGUUUUUACAGAAGCAGAAAAAAAAUCCAAGCCAUAUUGGAAGGGAUUAUUUACAGAUGUUUACAAGGAAAUUCCUGAUCAUAUCAGGUAUAUUAGCAUAUAUAGACAUGUUAAUCAUAUAAAUAUAUUAAUUAAAGUUGGUAUCACUUUCAAUAUUUGGUAUAUUUCAGAAAACAAAUGAAUCUAAUGGAAAAACAUCUAGAAGAAUUCAAAGAACAUUAUCCAUUAAAUUCUUUUGCGCAUAAAAAGUAAAAGGAGAAAAUUUAUCUUAUACAAAAAUGAUGUUAUUUUAUACAUUUAUUUUAAUAAUAAAGUCUUAAAUCAUUAA